CAAACCCCCGCAGCCAGAGCAUUUUGAAGACCUGCGUCCGCACCACUGCAUACCGACAGUAGUCUGCCAGGUGGCUGGCGCGCAUUUGGAUUUUUGGAAAAGCGUAUAUAAGCGUACAUGUACAGGAAAUCUGGACCGACACGUGCCCUUGUUUCGCCCAGCGGGUUACAAGAUUAUGAGAAGCGGUCUCGAGGUGUUGCCGUUUGAAUACACUGCGCUUCAACACUAUAUCUCGAUUCGUGUACCGAUGCAAACAUCAUGGAAGCUACAUGUCUGAAAGGCCUUUCAAAUGAGCUUUUCGAAUGGAUCGUCGAAAAUCUGGACCUCGAAAGCGUCCGCAAUUUACGCCUCGUGAGCCGGGAGAUCUCCCAUAAAGCGACACAGCGUACCUUUGCAUCAUUUUUCCAAACGACGCGCAUCGUCCUCUCCAGAGAAUCGCUAGAAGCCUUCGCACGGGUUACAUCAGGCGCUAUUGGGUCUUCCAUCGAACACCUCACUAUCGUCGGUAUUCUCUAUGAAUUCACACCUCUUGACGAUAUCAUCAAAUAUCGCAGAAGAGACACCCCAGAUAAGGAGUCCGAGCUCGAGCCAUGUGAAACGAUACAGGUCGACUGUCGGCCUACGGAGAUCGCACAAGCAGAGAAGGAUGUCGAUAUCCUACGACAACGCCAAUCAGAUUACGCGCUUCUUUGCCGCGAUGGUGGCGAUGUCUCGCUACUGCGAGAGUCAUUGCGAAACAUGGCUGGUGCUUCUGGACGAGUGUUGAAAUAUCUUUCCCUAGAGGUUGCUGUGAUAUGCGAAGCUGCUGGGACCAAAUUGACGCCUCUGGAAGCCAGGGAACAGAAAACAAUGGACAGCUCGGCCCUCGAGCACCAAGUUCUGCAAUCGGCAACAGCCACAUUCCUGACAAGCGUAGCUGCUCUGAGCAGCAGCAGUCUUAUGAUCGAGAGUGCCAACAUAUUUCGUACUCGACCCGGAUCCUUGCGAUGUGGACUGCCAUGCGAUGCAUUGGCAGUCUUCGAAAGGAAUCCACAAAAACUUCUCCCUUUCUCCAGCCUGAGAAGUCUAUCUAUCAGCGUUGCGGAUAGGCUCGAAGGCGAUCUCGGGAGACUAGAAUAUGAAGAAGACGAGGAAUUAGAAGCCGUCAAAAUCGUGGAGAUCCUGGAUGACAACAAUUCUUCAGGUCUAUCAAAAUUGCUCGCGUCAUGUUCGCGACUGGAAGAGCUGUAUGUCUCGUUCUAUGAGGAACCAUGCCACUUCUACGAUCCUCAGGAAGCGGCGCGGAAAAAACAAUCCCACAUGCUACUCCAAGCAAGGUUACCAUCCCUGCGGAAAUUGUUUCUGGGUGGCAUGGAAAUCCAGGUCGCUGAUUUGACGGCUUUUCUAGCUGGCCACAGCGCGUCCUUGCGUUCAGUCGAAAUGUUCCUCGUGCUGGUCUAUGAUGGACUCUGGUCCACGGUCAUGUCCUUGGUAGCGGGCGAUGGAUUCCAACUUGAUGAUAUACGUCUAACGGACAUCAAUGACGAGGCUACGGCCAAAAUCUAUUUUGAUGGAGAGCGUGAACAGCCAUACUCAACAAUCAGCGGAGUCUUCAAAAGUCGGAACGCCAUUCACCGAUGGGGCCCCGGCGCCAGGAUGGCGAUCACACACGCUCCAUGCGACACGAGACACAGAGAAUCUGGAUCUCACUCCGACUGGCGUGGAAGUUGCGCGGACGAAUUCGGCCGCUGGCGGAUCGUUUCCCCCAAGGUGCGCAACGCCCCCAAACCACCGUCGGUGGUACGGAGCUGGAUCGAUGGGAAUUGGGUCGAGAGACCCUAUAUAUUCCCAGGAUCAUAGCGAAAAAGCAUUCCAGGUCGCUCAUGCCGAGCCAAGGUCAAUUUUCGCACAGGCGACGUGCGCACACAGGCGAGAAGGCGGGCGAUUGUCGUGCAUGGUCAUCGUUGCUUGGGUUAAAGCGACACAAGAACACCCGAACCCGAUCGUCCAUGCAUGAUCAGGCUGGCGACAAUUCCCCUACCAACGUAUCCUAUAACUUUCGCCACGCAUUCUAGACUCCAUACUCAUGUUGUAAUUGUCUCCGUUCGUGCUCUUUCCUCCUGCAUCAGUCGCCUUC